ACCUGCCGGAGGGAUACAGACACUCACACAGACCUAGACCGAGACACAGAGUGAGACAGUCACUGUCACUGACAAGGGGGACGGGAGAUUGGAGCUGGCCAAGAUUGGGGGCAGGUUGUUUAUGUUCCCGUAGAGAGGUGAUGAGUUACUCUGAGGUGGGAACGUGUAGCCCGCGCUAAGGCAGUGCUGCUAGCUCCCUGUGUGUGUUUACCAAGUCAGUGAGAGGGAUGGGUGAGUCUGCAUCGCCGAGCUGGUGGAAACUUACCUUCCUGCGCAAGAAGAAGAACAGCGCGAAGGUUGUGUACGAGGUCCCGGGAGAGAAGAGCAGCCCCGACAGUAAGGAGGGCGGCGGCGGCCCCGAGAACGGGGAGGACACGGAGCUGGAAGCGCGUCUGGAGAAAAUCGUGGACAAAAGCACCAAAGGCAGACACGUGAGAGUGUCCAACUCUGGCAGGUUCAAGGAGAAAAAGAAAGUACGGACCAGUCUGUCAGAAAGCCCCGGCUUCUACAACGAUUCAGGCAACGGCGAGGGAGCGCAGUCCUGAACCUCCCACCGGGACCGAUGCCCCCUUUCCCGGGGAGGGCUAUAGCCCCGGGACCGUGUAGAAACCAGAGGCUUCUCCUGCACAGAAUGAAAUAAAUCGUCCGUCAGUAACAACGGCCGGGUCAAGCCGGACCUUCCUUUUAAAGGGUUAAUACCUGUCUAGGGGGGAAAUACCGGCAAUCUCCUCGCUCACUCCCCCACACACUUUAAAGUCUUGGAAUCCUUUCCAACUUCAGAAGCAUCAUCGUUUUUGCUCUGAACAGUUUACCUGGAAGAGAGGAGGUUGUGGGUUUUCAGUUUGGUUCUUGGAGUCAGUUAUUUGAACAAAGACUCAUCUUCGUGGGAUGAAUAUUCCACGCGGGGUUCUUGGAAUGUGGAAACCACUGGAAGAAAAUGGAUGGAGGUUGAUGGGGUUCAAGGACAGGAGGACACUCCAUCCCACUGGGGUGGGAAGGUUGUAACUGAAUGUUUCAACCAGACAUUGUACUGUAUUGCGAGUGCGUGAGAUUUCCCCGUUUCUUUUUGAGACAAUAUAAAAGAGAACGAUGGGGGUGAAUCACAGUAAAAAGGAAUUAGGAGAAGCCUUACAUGUGCAAAAAAAACGACACUGGAUUGUAUUUGGUCACCAGUGAAUGCUAGAUAAACUGGCUUUAGUGUGGAAGCCGAUGAGUGUACAGCGUAACCAGAGGAUUUCAAAGAGAAUUCAGAGUGGCAGAGUAUAUUUGGGGGGGGGGCGGGAAAUGUUCAGAAACCCCUUUUUUAAAGCUGAUUUUUUUAAAAAAUGACCUAACUCGACUAUGAUUGUGUCAGCUUUUGUUUAACACUCGUGUGAUAUGCCUCGAGGCAAGUUAUUAUGUUAAAAGUGCUAUCUAAAUGCAAGUUAUUAUCCAGUCAUAGACUGCUGGCCUUGAGGGUAGAGAUCUAACAGAAAUUUGUAGGUUUGUGUGUUUGUAGGUGAGAGAGAGUAAGUA